AUGUCAAGGCUGAUGCAGGGGAAUAAACUGGAAAAGGUUCAUCCCAUAUGUAAGGGUUUUAGGAUCUCGAUGAAGGUUCUUGUCGAAUUUUGGCCCAAAUUCGCCCUAUGUUGUACCGAGGUUCCUUCAUUCGUGGGUGCCGGUGCAGGAUAUGGGGUUAUCGCCCACAGCUUCUCCCUAGAGACUAGAUUUAUAUAUACUAUAACAACCCCUGAGUAA